GAACUCGAAAAAGUCUGUCCUUUUGUAUCGUUCGCUCCUAGAGCCUGGUUAUUGCAUUUUGUUAGUAGCAGUGACUUUCAUACAAUACACAACAUAGAUUUUCAAAAAAUAUUAACUGUAUACAAUCAUAUAAAUAAAAAAAAAUUUACUAGAUGAGUAGAAAAAGCGAAGCAAAACGGAAAUAUUAGUUACAGUUGAAGAUUCGAGCGGAAAAAGAAAACUCCAAAAAAUCAAGCACAAAUAAUCUGCAUUGAAAAGAGAAAUUUAAUUAACAUUUUUCUCAAAUUUUCUGCUCCAUUCGGAUAGAAAUGAAUCGAUUUACGUAUCGUUGGAGCGAUUACGAAUUGUUGCUUUGAUUCAAUUCCUUGGAAAUACAAAAUGCAAUAGCCUACAUAGAAGAAAGAAUAUUAUCGAUUUUAAAAGAAUGCAUUUUUAUGAAGUUGAAUGAAACAAAUCCAUUUUCGAUUAAGUGUAGUUUAGUAGAAGCAUAGAAGUUUGCUUGCGGUGUGUAAAAAGUUAGAACGACAAAAAAGCAAAAAGAAAAAAAAUAUUAAAAAUUAAAAAAGCUAUAUACAAAAUAGCAAAGCACAAUUUAAAUAGUAAAAAAAGCUAAAAGCUUUAAGCCUGUAAAAGCAAGCGUGAAACUAUCAGCCGAGCAGCAGCAGCAGCAGCAGCAGCAACAGCCGAAGCGCCAGCAACACCAGCUUCUUAACAACGCUUAGUAAUUUUGCACUAACUUAGCGGAGACGGUUUUAUCCACACACUUACACACAUCGCAUACUAGAUUUAUGUAUUUUCCACACCGUUAAGCCGCUCCGCCUACAGUUAAACUCACAAAAAAUUAUCACAUACUACAUCUAUAGGAAACGAAAAAAAAAAUCUACUAAAAUAAAACCACACAACAAUAUUUGUGCUCGAGCAAUAAAUAAUAAAUAAAUAAAACAACAAAAACCACAACUUAUAAAAAAAACAGUGAAAAAAUACAAUAUACCUAUAAUACUUUUUAAUUAGCUCGGAAAAAUGGGGUGCUUAAGUAGUAAAGACCGUCUGACAAAAGAGGAUAUGGAAUUUUUGAAAUCUCAUACACGCUACGAUGAAGCCACAAUUAAGGAAUGGUAUAAAGGAUUCAAGCAAGACUGUCCCAAUGGCCGUUUGACGCCGGCCAAAUUCGUGGACAUGUACAAAAUGUUCUUCCCAUCUGGAAAUGCCGAGGAGUUUUGUGAUCACGUUUUUCGCACCUUCGACAUGGACAAAAAUGGUUAUAUUGAUUUUAAGGAAUUUCUUCUUGCUAUAGACGUUACAUCGAGUGGCACUCCCGAGGAGAAGCUCAAAUGGGCUUUCCGCAUGUACGACGUAGACGGUAAUGGCGUAAUUGACAUACAAGAAAUGACGAAAAUUGUUCAGGCCAUAUACGAUAUGCUCGGCGCGUGUUCAUCGAAUCGACCAGCAGAUUCUGCUGAGGAGCGUGCAAAAAAUAUUUUCGCAAAAAUGGACGA